CUGCUGCCACCCACACGAUCAAAAACAAAACCAAGCUCCAAGCACCCAUAGCCACACACCACACCAGGUCAAAGCAAGGAGCUCGAUCGAGAGCAACAAGCCAACAACGGCCAUCAUGAACUCCAGCUUCAUCGGGCUCAAGCCCGCUGCGGCAGCAGCCCAGGCCAACACCGCGGCUGCCUCGUCGCCGAUGAAGCAGCAGGUGCAGGUCGCGCCCGAGGGCCGCCGCGCCGCGCUGCUCGGCCUGGCGGCCGUCUUGGCUGUCACUGCCACCACGGCCGGAUCAGCCAAGGCUGGGGUCUUCGACGAGUACCUCGAGAAGAGCAAGGCUAACAAGGAGCUUAACGACAAGAAGAGGAUGGCCACCAGCGCUGCCAACUUUGCGCGCGCCUACACAGUCGAGUUCGGCAGCUGCCAGUUCCCCUACAACUUCACUGGGUGCCAGGACCUCGCCAAGCAGAAGAAAGUACCCUUCCUCAGCGACGACCUCGAGAUCGAGUGCGAGGGGAAGGAGAAGUUCAAGUGCGGCUCCAACGUUUUCUGGAAGUGGUGAAGCAGCGUGCGUCUGAUAUGAUGGAGGAGACCUGGUGUACAUGUACGUGUGUAUCUAGAUGCAUGUGCCCAGACUGCAGGAAACAUGAUAUCAAAUUUGACUGUCAUUCUGUCAACCAAGGUUCACCGAACCGGUUCCUUACAAAAACCGGUCAA